UUUUCAAAAGUUUGUCACCACGUGCGGUGUGCUUUCGGUGAAAAAUAUUGAUGAAAAUCUAAAACAAUGGGAAAAUUCAGGUCUAAACUUAAAGGUAAAACAAAGGGGAAGAGAUGGCAAAAAGGCCAAUCAUCCGAGUCAAACCCUAAAAUGCAGAAAUACAGAGAAAUGGCCAAGUCAAGAUUUUUUCAAGAGAACUUGGGUAACACAGGCUUAACUCAACAAGCUGUGCUAAAACACGAUGCUAUCAUGACCUAUGGACAUAGUCUCGGCAAGCAAAAGUCCGAUGCCGAAAAUGAGUUGUCAAUAGCAAAGGAAUUUGAGAAUAUGUCUGUAAAAACUGGAGAAGACGGGUCAGACAGUGAAUACUCUGGGACUAUGCGGUCUGGGACGUUCAAAACUUUCCAGACGUUUGCAUCAGAUUGGAGUCAAUGCUCCAAUGUUAGUUUUAGCAGGCUACUGAACAAGUUUGACUCGAACAAUGCUGCCCACAAAGAGAUGCUGGCUGUGCUGGCAGCAGUGACAGAAGUCAUCAAGGAGCAGGGAGGGAAGGAAUCUACCACUGAAUAUUUUGCUGCUCUGAUGGAGACACUAAAAGCAUCGGAAGGUGAAGAGAGCUUAGUAGCCACCCUCUCCCUUCUCUCCAUGGGAAUCAAGUCCGUACCCCAAGCGGUACUCCGCAAACAGUUCUCGGACUGUGCAAAAAUAUUCACUGAAAUACUGGAGAAGAAUUCUCAGUCGGAAAACGGUGCUUUGCUGAGAAGUGCCAUCGGUUGCUUGUCUGUAUUGUUGAGAGCACAGGAGUAUGCUCUGUGGGGUGAUUCGUCAACGAUGAGGGUGUUCGAUUCAGUGCUAGCAUUCGCUUUGCAUUCAAAACCCAAGGUACGAAAAGCAGCACAACAUGCUCUUACGUCUGUUUUGCGCGGCAGCUGCUUUAUGAUACCAUCUGAAGAUCAAAAAGUCAAGGUACCAAAACUUCACCCAGCAUCAAACCGCGUGGCAGAGUACUGUCUAUCCCAGAUCAAGGCAGAAGCGCUGCUGUCGGGACACCGCUCGGUGUUGCACACGCUGACAAUGCUGCGAGAUGUGCUGCCAGUGUUCAGCAAGGACUUUAUUAAGUCAAUCUGCGAAGCGAUCCUGUCUCUAAUGACCCACAACAACGUCUACAUCAAGACGUGCUGCCUCCACACACUACACGCGUUGUUCUCAGCGCCCAGAGACAUCAGCAACUUGACAGCCAACUUGGCAGUCCAGCUGACCAGGGCUUUAAUGGCGGCCCGGCCCCCAGCGAACGAUACGGGACAGAUAUUGGCCUGGGCUGCGGUCUUGCAGCAGGGAUACGGCUGUCUUGCCAACCUGGACCUGAACCUGUGUACACCCAACUUGCCAAUGUUCGUCAAUAUCUGCGUCACAGAAUUGUGGCUUUCUGACGUAGCUGACGUCAACUCGGCCGCUACCAACGCGUUGAAG